AAAGCUGGCUGGGUUCGAGGCUUUUCUAUUCAUGGCGGUAUUCGGAAUUUCCGGUAAAUUUCCCGUGCGCAUGCGCUUGAGAAAGAAACGGAAGUAUGAAAGUUUUGACGAAAUUUAGGACAGGUUUGAAAGGUACUUGUACUUCUUGUACUUGUGUUUGAUAACAAGUGGCUCUGAGAACAUUGAGAUAAUAUUCUAUUCAUCACACAAAUAACCGGAAUAUAAUAUUUUGGUACCUUGGAUCGGUGGAUCCAAUGGGAUGUUUUAUAUCACUUGCGAGAUAAAUUAAAAAACAUGGAAGAGUUUCUUGAUGAAAAAGAAUCUAAAGAACGCACAUUUGUGUUGAUUAAGCCCGAUGGAGUACAACGUGGUUUUGUUGGAAAAAUUAUUCGACGUUUCGAAGAAAAAGGAUUUCAACUUUCUAAUUUGAAAAUGACGUGGGCUUCGGAAGAUAAAAUGAAGCAGCAUUCAAUACAUCUAAAGACAAGGCCGUUUUUCAAAAGCUACAUAAAAUAUAUGACCUCUGGUCCUGUGAUUUUAAUGGUUUGGGAAGGAAGAAAUGCUAUAAGAGCUGCCAGACUUUUGAUUGGAGAGACAUUUCCACAUAAUUGUUCUCCUAAAAUGAUUCGAGGAGAAUUUUCUCUCUAUGUUCGCCGAGGAAUCAUCCACGGAUCAGAUUCUAUGGAAGCAGCUAGUAGAGAAAUAGAAUUAUGGUUUGGUGAUGAGUCUCCAAUACCGAUAUUUCGAAUGUAAUAAUAAUUACAGAAAUAAUGAUGAUAUUAAAAUAAAAAUAUAUCUUUAUAAUUCAAUUAUAUUUCGAUGCUCUUAGAUUUGAAGCUGAUUAAUACUUCAAAAUGUAGCGAUUUUUAAUUGUAACCAUUAAAAAUGAAAAUUAUAAAAUUUUACUUUAUAUUACUCAAAAUAAAUAGUUUCGACCAC